AUGACCAGGCUACUGCUGGUACUGACCCUCGCGCUUGCGUUGGUCUUUUGUGCACUUACGUGUGCGCAAUCCUUCACAUUUAGCAGAAAUGUAUCAGCAGUACCAACAGCAACAUCCGAGGAUAGCCUAGACGACAACUCCACCGACAGCGAUUCUUCAGACAGCUAUGACGACAGUGAUUCCUCUCUAGCCACGUUCUCUUUUAGCAACGCCUUGAACGCCACCAGCACCAUCAAGUCCACUUACAAGAACUGGGUAGGCUCCGCUCUUGGCACGGCAAAAGACACAGCAUGCUAUCGUGAGGCUCACAUUGCCAAGACGUGUCCGCAAGGAUUCGACGCCAAGCUUGGGACGUGCUGGGCGCAGUGUCCGUUUGCUUACCCCGUCGAGUGUGGCAUGGAGUGCAUCCGACAAAACGACGACUGCGCACUUGAUAUCAUCAGCAAAGUCUCUUCCGUGGGUCAGGCGGCCUUUUCCCUAGCUGCGUAUAACGUGUACGGACAGUUCAAGUUAAUGGCAAAAGGCAUGCAGAUUGCAUUCAAAUGCGCCAAAGAGAUGAUGGGAUUGGCGAAAGCGAUGUCCAAGUACACGCGAGCCGUCGAAGUGUCAGACCCGCAGACUGCUCAAGACCAGUUGCUGACGAUCUUGUACCAGACAGACAACGUAGUGUUCGACAUUCCAAUCACAAUUAUGUCGUGUCUGGGAAUCAAAGUAGAAGAUGCAUUCAAGUUCUCGGACAGACUUGUGAACACGAUUGAGCUUGUCGUGAAAGAUGUUAUUGCCAACGGAGCCCUUAUUGUUUCCAGUUGGAGUGCAUUCACAAAUUUUAUGAAGAAUAUCACGUUGGGCGAGACGAUCGAUUCGCUGGACAAGUCGGAGAUUACGUCUUUGGAGUCGGCCCUGGAAUCCGACUCAACCUGCGGAUACGACAUGAAGCGAUUGCUUGAUCGAACGUGGAUGACCGUAGCAGAACUGCGUCGACAGAACCCGAGAAUCUCCGAGGACGAUAUCCGUGUUGCUAUGAGCAAGUCGAACCUCGUGCUGUACGAUAUUCCGACUGUGACGAACAACUGCAUGCAGGAGCUACUUGACGAGUCCGACGAGGCCACAGCCUAUACGACGCGGGACACUCUGCGCAAAGGAUUUGGGGGUAUUGUAGACGACUUGAUCAGCUCAGGAACGAGUAGUAACGGCACACUUCUUACUGCGGGACAAUACGCGUACAAGAUCGCUGACAAGGCAGCAACGUUCUAUGCUGUUUGGGACAAAACGAACAUCGGUGGAGCGAUCUCCGAGUUUUUCCAGACCAUCUGUGGCCCUACAGAGUAUGUCGGUGAAAUUGAUGAUGGUAGUGCGAAAGACGCGCUGGGUCUAAAGACUGUCAAGGCGGCUUUCAAUAACAGCGCUGGCAACUGGACGAAGAAGGGUGACGGCUCUGUCAUCAUUACGUUCAAGAGUGUCGACACAAAGGAUGUGACUGUGAAUAUCAAGUCUGGAGGUAACAAGAUCGAUGAAGUGUCCGUCGCGGCGGGUAAAACUGUGACGUGGAGAUCAAAUGUGACGGUUUUGGGCGGCAAGACGUUGUUUUUUGACCGCUGGCGCCCGGGCUUCCUAGGUCUCCCUGGUACGGGCGGUGGCUCACUGCUACUGUGGGUGCCUCGAUCAACACAAGGCGGCAAUCUGCGGCUUACCGCAAUGCUCAAUGUGAGCUGA